AUGGCUGCGGAAACCAAUAAACCCGAAAUUGAGAUCAUGGAACAGUGUAACAACGCCAAACAUGUUGAAGGCGCGACUGGAAUGGAAAUGGAGAAUGCCGUGGGUUAUAAAGAGUACCUCGAGGCGAGCAAUAUUGAGGGUUCAGACAAAGAGAUGAAGAGACUCAGGUGGAAAAUUGACUUAAUCAUCCUUCCCAUGUUUCUGGUCACACAGGCUCUACAGUUUAUAAACAAAACAUCGUUGAACUACGCAAACUUGUUUGGGUAUCAAAAGGCACUGGGUCUCAAGGGCAAGGAGUUCAAUUACCUCUCUGCAAUGGUUUACGCUGGUUAUUUUUUCGGUCAGUAUCCAUGUGGGUGGCUCAUUGGACGCUUUCCAGCCCAAAAGGUCCUCGCUAUUAGCAUACUUUGCUGGGGGUUUACCGUCAUCAUAAUGACCCAAGCGCGCACUUACUCUACCGCAUUGUUCGUCCGAUUUCUUAUGGGCUUGUUUGAAGCUGCAGUAACACCAGGGUUGACAUUGAUGACCGGAUUUUGGUACACGCGACGAGAAAUUCCGCUCCGUCAAUGCAUCUGGUACUCAUCACUUGGCUGGGGUGGUAUUAUUGGUUCCUACAUCUCCAUGGGCAUUUCCAAACUCCCCGUAGACAUGAAGCCUGAAAGAUGGGAACUCAUUUUCUACAUUCUUGGAGGAGCAACCUGUCUCUGGGCCAUUGUGAUUUGGAUAUUCAUGGCCGAUUCUCCAUCCAACGCCCAUUUCCUCAACCACCGCGAGCGCCUUCUCGCCGUCAAACGCGUUGCUGGCAACCAGACUGGAGUUAAGAACAAGCAUUUUGACAAGGGCCAAAUCGUCGCCGGUUUCACGGAUCCAAAGACGAUACUUCUUUUCAUUAGCGUCUUCGCAGCGGCCAUCCCUAACGGCGUAGUGAACUCAUUCUCCACAAUCAUCAUCCGCGAUAUGGGCUUCAGUGCCACUAAGACCACGGAGCUGAAAUCAGUCGGAGACGCGGUACAAAUCAUUGCACUAUUAAUUGGAGGAUCGGUCAUCCUUAACGUCCCAAACUCACGCCUAUUGACAGCAACCGUGGCAAACAUCCUUUGCACCAUUGCCGCAGCCUGCAUGGCCUACCUCCCCCGAUCCAAUACCUGGGGCCGACUCAUCAGUUUCUGGCUUGUAAACGCGCAAUCCGUCGGCUUCACUGUAUCGCUCACCACACUCUCCUCCAACAUGGCUGGAUAUACGCAUCGAUCGCUAGCCAGCGCCCUAGUUUUCACCGCGUACUGCUGGGGCAACUUUGCCGGUCCGUUUGUGGUGGAUGCAAAGGAGGCGCCCAGGUACGAGGGCGCGACAAUCGGGUUGUUGGUUGGUUACAGUAUUAAGACCGGAUGUCACCUUGCUUUGCUCGGUUACAUGUUCUUCACUAACAAGCGUCGCAACCGAGUAUAUGGCCCACCAAAUAAGGAGGCAAGUGACGAGGCUGGAAUGCGUGAUCAGACUGAGUUUAUGAACAAGAACUUUAGAUAG